AUGACGUCCGAACAUUAUUACCACCAUCAACAUCAACAACAACAACAACAACAGAAUCCUAAUUGUGAUUAUGAUUAUCUCAUCAAAUUUAUGGCUCUAGGCGAUUCGGGUGUUGGUAAAACUAGCUUCUUUUAUCAAUUUACUGAUGGAACUUUUAAUCAAAAAUUUAUCUCUACAGUUGGUAUCGAUUUUCGUGAGAAAAGAAUUAUUUAUCGUUCAACGCAUAGCCGAUCAAUGGGUCGUACGCAAAGAGUUCAGCUACAAUUAUGGGAUACAGCUGGCCAGGAAAGAUUCCGUUCAUUAACAACAGCCUUUUUUCGUGGCGCAAUGGGUUUUCUUAUUUUAUUCGAUUUAACAAAUGAAACGUCAUUUAUAAAUAUACGUGAUUGGUUAGAACAGCUUAAAACACAUAGCAAUUAUGAGAAUCCUGAAAUAGUAUUAUGUGGUAAUAAAGUUGAUCUUUAUGAUCGUCGUGUGAUAACACCGGAACGUGCACGUAAAGAAGCAGAAAAAUAUGGAUUUCCUUAUUUUGAAACAAGUGCAGCAACAGGACAAAAUGUAUCAAAAGCUAUUGAUACAUUACUAGAUAUGGUAAUGAAUCGUAUGCAAACAUCAAUUGAACAAUUGGCCUUCAAUCAUCAAACAAAUGAUAAACGAAUGAUCUUGAAUAAUAAUAAUAAUAAUAAUGCUGUUGAUAAUACGAAUAACAUAUUAAAAUUGGAUCAACUACAAUCCAAUAAUAAUAGUGAUAUUGGUGGCUAUGCCAAUUAUGGCUAUAAUUAUAUAUCUUCCAAUUGUAGUGGUUGCUAGCAUUUGGCCAAAUUGAAUAUCUUUUUUUUUGAAAACAAUGGUGUUCAUAUUCAUCAGUCCAUCAACAGCCAAACAAAAGUCAUAAUAAAUUCUUCUCAUAAGAAUGAAAGACAUACGCACACACAUGGGACAUAUUUCAUUCAUCCAUUCAAAUGAUAAUGAGCUUCUUCAAAGGUUAUGAACAAAAA